UUGCCUGCUUGGUGAGACUUAAAACGAAAACAAAAUGGAUAUACUCAACUGCUGAGAAUUCUUCACAAGAAUGAUUCCUGUCAUACAUUUGCAUAAAGUGGAUUGCCCAGGAUGCAGGCCUGAUCUAACAUGGCUUCAAAAAGUUACAUCACAGAACCUUGGUUCAGCUCCAUUCUGUGAUCAGUAUACUAGAAAACAUGGCCCUUGCUGCAAUCAUUCUACUGGACCUUUAUUGAGCAAGCCAGGGUGCAGUGCAUCAAUUGACCUAACACCACAGGGGCAGCCAAUGAGUGAUGCCCCUGUGAUGAGAACACUUCCAGGGCUUGCGGCCGGAGCUACUGGGCUGACCUACACCAAAAACCAGCCCACUACUGAUCCCUGGUAUUUCGAGGGCCAUGAAGAAGAGGACAGUCUCUCUCCUGCUUCAGUGUACAUGGACUGCCUUGAGGACCUUAGCCCAUCUCCCUCAGCAGGAUCCCCUCAAGCCGACUCUCCCCCAGACUCUCCUGCUUUAUUUAUCAUAGAAAGUGAUGAGGGGGAGCAGUUCUCGGAACUCAGUCUCUCUCCAUUUCCAGUGUUCCUUGAGUGUGAGCAGUGCAACGACUAUAGCUGUUCUCUUUUAGGAGAAAGGAUUGAGACAUCUCCAGAACCUGGGGGCAAAAUUAAAUCAUCUUCUGAAAAAUGGCAAGAGAUCGAGAAAGUUCCAGAGUGCAUGGAAAAGAUUGAGCUGUCUCCUAACUCUGGGCAAAUAUCUGACGUUUCCCCUGAGCCAGAACCACAAAUCGAAUUGUCCAGUGAGCAUGAGACCUUAAAAGGGCCAUCUAACCUCUGGCAGGAGAUUGAGUCAGCUUGUGAACCAUUGCAAAUGAUUGAGCAGUCUCCUGAGCACAAACAAGAAGUUGAGUUGUUUGAGGAGCCCCUGCAAUGGAAUGAGCAAAGCAAAGAGCCUCAGGAAGUGCUCCAGUUGACUCUGCCACCAAAGCAAACAGUUGAGCAGUGCCUUCAAGACAUUGAGCUGCCUCAUAAAUCCAUGCUUGGGAAUUAUCCAUAUCCAAAUUCUGGUCAAGAAUUGGAAGUGUCAACUGAGCCCGAACAACAGAUUGAGUUUUUUUCAAAACCCCACCAAAGAACUGAAAUGUCAUCUGGACCUAUGAUUGGCUUAUCUCCUGAGCACAAAUCAGCGGUUGAACCACCACUUGAGCAUAUAAUAUCUUCCACUGAAACACAGCAGAUUGAUAUGCCCAAUGAUCUCCAGCAAAUAACUGUGCCAUCCCCAGAACCUGACACAGUGUCCAAGGCUCCUACUGAGCCCUGGCCAGAGACUGAAUCAUCCUUUGGUCCAUGGCAAGACAUUGAACCAUUUGCUGAGUGCAAACAAGGGACUGAGGUGUCACCAAACUCCUGGCAAAUAUUGAAAGUUUCUGAAGUACCCCAGCCCAAACAACUGACUGAAUUAUCCACAAAGAAACAAAGAGAGUUUAAGCUUCCUUCUGAACCCAUGGAAAGGAAUGAGGUGUGUACAGAGCAGAGGCUAGGGCCAUCAAUGGAGACUCAGGGAGUGUUUAAGGUACUUAUGCCACUAAGACAAAGGGCUAAGUGGUCGUCUGGUUGCAUGCAACUGAUCCAACUGUCUGUAGAGCCCAUGGAAGGUAUUGAUCUUCCUCCAAACAAUGUGCAAGUGUUUGAAGCUUUUUCUGGGCCCAAACAAAACAUUGAGGUUUCUUCUAAAACACACCAAGGGACUGAGUUGUCCCACGGACACAGGCAAGGGAUUUACUUAUCUCCUGAGCACGAGCAUGGUAUUGAGCCAGGACAAGAUCCUCAAAGAGUGUUCAGGCUACCUCCUGAACCCAUGCGAAGAAAUGAGUUGUGCCAAGAAGCUGAAUCGAAUACAGACUCCUGGCAAGUGUUUACAGUGUCCAGUGAGUCCAAUCAAGAGAUUGAGACAGCCAAAGACCUUCAAGAAGUGUUCAAGCGACUUACCACACACGGGCAAAGAACUGAGCAGCCAUAUGGAUGCAUGCAAGGGUUCGAACUGUCCUCUGAAUCCACACACACGAUCGACCCAUUACCUAACUCUGGGCAAUUGUUUGAAAAGUCCACAGAGGACGAAGACAUUGACAUUUCUUCUAAACUUCACCAAGGGAAUGAGUUGUCCCGAAAAUACAGGCAAGGAAUUGAGUCAUCUCCUGAACAUGAGCAAGGCAUUGAGACAUCUUUUGGGACUAAGCUUUCUAUUGAAUCUCAAGAAUGGACGGAACAAUCUCCAAAUUCCUGGCAAAUAAAUGCAAUGUCAGACGAAUCCCAACAAACCAAACUGUCCACAGAGGAAGAGUCUACGCUGCUUCCUGAACUAAAGCAAAUUAAUGAAAAGUGUCCUAAGCUCAAGCAAGAAGUAGAAUUGACCCCUGACUCCUUGCAGGUAUUUGAGGUGUCCAAUGAACUCAUGAAACAGACUGAAUCAACCACUGAGUCUCAUGGGGUGUUCAAGGUUCCUCUACCACCAAAACGAUGGGUUAGGAGGUUUCCAGGGUACAUUCAAGGGAGUGAGCUGUCUCAUGAGUCCAUGCAAAUAAUUGAUUCCUUUGCAAACUCUGGGCAAAUAUGGAAUAUGUCCACUGAACCCAAACAACAAAUUCAAGUGUCUACUAGACUCAACCAAGGGACUGAGAGCUCCACUGAGCCACAUGAAUGGAUUGAGCGUUCUCCUAUCUGCUGCCAAAUAUUUGAAAUGUCCAAUGAAUGUCAACAAAUGACUAAAUCCUCCACAGAGACUGAGGAAAAGUUUAAGCUGCCUCCUGAACUCAAGCAAAACACGGAGCUGUCUUCUAAGCACAAGCAAGGAUAUGAAUUGACACCUGACUCUUGGCAAGUGUUUCAGGUUUUCAAUGAGUCCCAGGAACGGCUUGAGCCAGCCAAAGAGUCUCAAGGAGUGUUCAAGAUACCUCUGCCACCAAGGAAAAGGGUUGAGCGAUCUCAAAAGUGCAUGCAAGGAAUUGAUCCCUCUGGCCAAGUGUUUAAGGGCUCUGCUGAGCCCCAACAGCAGAUUGAGGUGUCUUCUCAACCCCACCAAGGGACCAAGUUGUCCCCUAAACCCAGGCAAGAGACUGAGCAUGAGGACAUGAUUGAGCAAUCUCUUGAGUCCAGGCACAGGACUGAGAUUUCUAUUGAGCCUCAAACAUGGAACUUCCUAGAAAAGCUUGAUGUGUCCACCGAGCCACAACAACUGACUCUGGGAGAGUUUAAGCUGCUAUCCACACUCAGGCAAAAGACUGGGAGGUCUUCUGUGUGCAUGAAAGGGUUUGAAGUGACUUCUGAUUCUAAGCAAGAUACUGAGCUUUUUGAAACCCAGCAACAGAUUGAGAUAGGUCUUGAGCUACAGAAAAUAACUGAAAUGUACCAUAGUUUAAAGUGUCAAGCAGAGCCAUCCCUGGAAUCCUCGCUACAGACCAGGCCAUCUCCAAUGUCUGGGCAAGUGUUGGAGGUGUUCCCUGAGCACUCUACCGAACCCACUUCUGAAUCCCUGCAGGGAAAUGAAUUAUCAUGUGACAGCAUUCAAGGAAUUGAUCCAGCCAAUGAGCCCAUGAAAGGAAUAGGGUUCUCUCUUGAGUUCCAACAAAUGAGUGACAACACUGUCUCAGAGCAACCCCUCCACAGCCCCACCCCCUUCUUUUGACUUUUCGUCCUCUCCUCCACCACCUAUGUUCUUCUGUGAUGUAAAAUCAUAUAACAAUUUAAGACCCAUGCCAUCCAGCCCUCCGCAGGAUGAUGAUUUUGAUGAGGCAGAAUCUUAUGGCACCUCAUGGAGUCCAGAGUUUAUGGCAAGUGAACAACCUGAGCUGGCAGAAGAAGAUUCCCAUAUAUCCUUACAGAGUCAUGAGCCAAUGCAAAGGGUCAAGAGAUUGACCCCAUACCCAUACACUAGACCAAGACCCAUUGAGGACCAUGAGAAUGAGGAUAGAGACAGUAUUCUAAAUAAUGUCAACCCGGCAGACAUACCUGACACAUCUGGAGGAAGUAGAAACCUGCCUGAGAUUUUAGAGUUAGAAGCUGAAGAUGCAGAUGAUGAGUCUGAUAACAAGGACAAGGAAGAGGGCUUCUGCUGUAAUGGCAGAACCCAAAGCCCCCAACUAGAAAGUCCAUUGGCUGGCACAUCUGGGAAUACAGGAUCACCCAGGCACCAGGCACCAGGUCUUCAACAUGCAAAAACAAGUAAGUCAAAGCAAGUUUCUUUCGGAAAUGUCAAAAUUCACGGCAAGCUUGUCAAGUCAACCACCCAUACCUCUUAUGAGCACAAGCCUAAGGUUGCUCAAGGUAGAAAGCGUUCCAGAAAAUCAAGCCGUGAGGAGAUCGGUGACGAGAUAGAAAUGUCUCUCAGAAGGAGCACUGUGGCCCGCCGCACCAGUACGAUUUUUUCCCACUCUCAGACACCUAAGCCUUGUGGCAUUGUGUCAAGACGCCAAAGCGAUUAUGGUGAAGAGGAUGAGAACUGCUGUAGCCGGAGUUCUAAGAGCCAAAGGCUUGACAACCCCUCUCUAAUGAUUCUAUAUUCAGGUGAGGGUGUACCUUCUUAUUUGCUAGAUUUCCUUCCAACCCCUGGCAGACUAAGUCCUACUCUUGAGGGUAGUGCUAGGAUGAGCUCUUCCAGCCAUGCCCUGGGCCAACAGGGUCCCUCACUCACAAGGAACAGAAGUGGAAUGACGAUGAGGGCAACACUGAACCCCCCAGCAGAGUCAGAGACCGACAGAACAGAAGAAGAGAGAGUCAAACAGGACAACCGCCCCGGAGGACAAUGACUGAUGCAUAGCAUCCUCCUCAACCCACCCCCCAUCUUAUCUUCUAUUCUUGCUUUUACUCACUAUUCUUGAACAAUAAACAAAUUCAGCAUCAUAA